CUGCAAGCACCCCAAGGGGCCUGGCUGCCCCAGGAAUGCACCCAGAGCAGUGUCAGCUCCUGGCAGGUGCUUUGUGCUCAGCUCUGUGUGCUCAGGCAGGGGAGCACGUAGCAGCGCAGCUCCGGAGUGAAACACGUACCAGACGCAUUAUUGAGACAGGAAUUUCUUGUCAUUGCAAGAGCUUUACUUACCUUUUGUCAUUUUAAUGCAUUGCACUCAGAGCCUGGUUUAAGAAAACCUCAAUACGCUCCCCCCCUGGCUUUUCAGAGAUAAUUUAAGUCUCUUUCUGAAAGGCCUUUUUAUGAUUUUAGCAGCUUCCAGGGCAAGGAUGAAAUACCAGGAGAGCAGCACGUAACUUUUGCACUGCAGGGUGCUGCCAGUGAAACAAAACCCCGCAGGAACAAACAUUUUGCACAGGGCACAAAGCAUAAUUAUGCCAUCACAAGUUCUCAUCGCGGUGCCCACGUUCUGCAUCCUGUGCCAGCCCUGAUCCUUCUUGCCUGUCUUUACAGCCCCUCUGCCUCUCCGCGCAGUAGAGCAGGCAGGUUGAGUCAUCCUUGGCAUGCUCUGGGGGAAACCGUUGCCUCCAGCCCAUUUCUUGGAAACUAAUAAAAAAAAAAUAUCCCAGAAAUGUUGCAACACAACGGGCUUCUUCUGCUUCUGGGUGUCUCUGGGGCUGUAACAUCGCCACACUGCUCAGGCAGCUCCAGUGUGCAACCAGCAGCUGUUUGCUCUGGGACCAUGCUAACCAUUGCUGCGUCUCACUUCAGAUUAGGUCCACUUCCCUCCCUAAUUUUGCAUUUGCUUAGGACCCAUAUUUGCUGAAUAAUGGCCUUUAUAUGAUCUAACCUUUGGACAAAUGUACCUUUAACCUUGCACUUCCUGAUCAUGUAAGAUAGCUCUUUCUUCCCUGAACAGUCUUAUUCCAUUGACUGUUUUUCCCAAUGUCUUCCUGAAAACCACUAUUCAACCAGGCAGAUCUCAAUUCUUUCCAUACAGGAUUUAAACCUUUAUGAGGGAUGCAAGCUCCAGGUGUUUAGCAUCUUUAAUUUAAAAUCAUUCCUUUCUUCUCUCUUGUUCCCCUUCUGAAGCCUAACAGGUCAUCUGGUUUCAUUAACUUCAUCAACUUCUUUCCUCUGUUUCUUAGAAGCUGCUCUUGCAAAAGGAAAAAUCUUCCCCAAAGUUUCAAAUCUAAUUUUGUCUUUCCAUUCCACUCAUGAAUCCACUCAUGAUCACUUGAUCCAAGCUAAUUUUCCAUGGCUAGCUAUUACAUGUCCUCUCCUUCAGACACAAGUCUGAAAUCCCAUCCCUUCUGGGCAGUUCAGAGCUGACUUUAUGAAGAACCUCCAGGGAUACAUGGGCUUUACCAUCAUUAACAACCUUUGAUCUCCAUUUGACAUCAAGAAAGCUGAAGUUUCCCAUAACAAUACUAUUUUUCUCCUUAGUAACACAGAGAUCUCAAAUCCUACCCAAAUCUAAACCUGGAGAUUUCUAAUAGGAUUCAAGGAAACCUUUUUAUUUCUCAGUGUGAGUGGAGUGUUUGAAGGGUCACAGUGCUGCUAAUGAAGGACCCUGAGGUCUCAGGGGAGGAGGAGGUUAUAGAAGAAUGCCAAGCACCUUUUCCCAUGUAUAUGUUCUUGCACACACAUGCAUGGGUUUGUAAUUUGAAACUCUCUUUACUUCUGGACAGGCUUUACAAACUGCUUAGACCACAUUCUCUGAGGUGUUUAAAGAGGGUGGAGUAUGCAGUAUUUAUUUAGGUACUCUACAAACCUUAAUAAGAAUCGAGUGCUUGUAGCGAUCGCAGAGAGCAAACAGAGAGCCAGCUGGCAGAAACUGAACAGUGCCACUGCAUUUUUAUUGCUUCUAGCUCCCCCCAAACAGAUUAUUGCUGAAAUAAUUAUGUCUUUUUUAAUUUCAUUUAUCUCUGAUCCUACAUUAAUUUCUCUGCUAUGUGCAGCAGUAUUAUUAGCUGUAGUCUAUUUUUCAACUGGCUAUAAAAAUUCAGCUUUUAAAUUUCCUCCUGGUCCAACUCCUCUUCCGAUCAUUGGUAACCUGCACUUGGUGGACAUUAGAAGGCAAGAUAAAUCACUAAUGAAGCUUGCAGAAAAAUACGGCCCCAUCUACACCCUCCACUUUGGGUUCCAGAAAGUUGUGGUCCUGACCGGGUACGAAGUUGUGCGGGAGGCGCUUGUGAACUACACAGAGGAGUUUGUAGACAGACCAUCCAUCCCAAUAUUUGACCAAAUUCAGAACGGAAACGGUUUGUUCUUCUCUAUUGGGGAGCUGUGGAGAACAACUCGGAGAUUCACGGUAUCCAGCAUGCGCAACCUCGGCAUGGGGAAGAAAACGAUAGAAGGGAGAAUUUUUGAGGAGCUUCACUUCCUGAUUGAGAUGAUCAAAUCCUUCCAAGGGGAACCUUUUAGCUUGACGUCCUUCAACUGUGCUCCAAUCAACGUCACCUUUGUCAUGCUGUUCGGUGAGAGGUUUGAAUAUAAGGACCCAACAUUUAUCACUCUCCUAAGACUCAUAGAUGAAGUUAUGAUUCUUCUGGGAUCUCCAUAUUUGAACUAUUUCAAUUUCUACCCAUUCCUGGGAUUUCUUUUCAAAACCCACAAGAUCAUGCUUGGGAAAAUAGAAGACGUGCGUGCCAUUUUAAGGCAAUACAUGAAGGCGAGCAGGGAGGAUAUCAAUGAGAACAGUGUGAGGAGCUACAUUGAUGCGCUGAUAUUCAAGCAACAAGAGGAGAAAAACAAGAAAGACAGCCUCUUCCAUGAUGACAACUUAAUGGCAUCCAUACUCGACCUGGUCAUGGCAGGAACAGAGACCAUAGCCACAACGCUCCAGUGGGCCAUCCUGCUGAUGAUGAAAUACCCAGAGAUUCAAAAAAAGGUGCAGGAGGAAAUUGGGAGAACUGUCAAAGCUGGAAGCUGGGCCACGUAUGAGGAUCGGAAGAACAUGCCGUUUACAAAUGCAGUGCUACAUGAAGUGCAGAGGUUUAUCACACUCCUGCCCCACGUUCCUCGCUGUACUGCUGUUGACACCCACUUUAGGGGCUACUUCCUUCCCAAGGGUAUAAUCGUAAUCCCAUCACUCACCUCAGUGCUGCUGGAUAAGACACAAUGGGAGACACCACAUCAGUUCAACCCUAACCACUUCCUUGACGCUGAAGGGAAUUUUGUAAAGAAAGGAGCUUUCCUGCCCUUCUCCACAGGGCGAAGGAACUGCAUUGGAGAAAGCCUGGCCAAGAUGGAGCUGUUCGUCUUCUUUGUAGGGUUGCUUCAGACAUUUACUUUUCAACCCCAGCCAGGAGUUUCAGAGUCUGACUUGGACCUUACCGUCCCCCAGACGACUUUCACAUUAAGGCCUCAGCCUCAGGCAACCUGUGCUAUCCUGCGUGAAUAACCACAGCCUUGCUGAAGAGCAACCCAACGAGUGGGGAAGCUGCUUACACCCAACUUAGCUAUGCUAGGACUUGCCAUCCCCCAUGCUGCCACACCACCCUCUUUCACAUCCCCUUCCCGCUGUCUCCAUCCACUUCCACUCCACUGUUCU